GUCCACACUCUGUCCAUAGCUUACGAGCAUUAAUUCUGCUAGGAAUAAGAAUUGUGGUAGCAGUUGUUUAAUUUCGUAUUUUUCGUAUAUUAUUUUAAAUGAUUAUUGUAGAAUUUUGUAACAACUAAAAAUUCAUUCAAAUGUAUCAAAUUAAAAAUAUGACAAGAUACAAUAUUAUUCAUUGAAGAUUGGGAAACAAAAGAUUUGUAACAAUUAGGUUUGAUACAAUUUGAUAGCAACGAAAAAUGAAUAAAAAGCGUAGUCGACAAACAGAUGCGAAGGGAGAGCUGAUUGAUGGGUCUACUGAUUCCUGCGAUGAAUCUAAUACUACAGGUAGUACUUGUCCACAUAUUACAAAAGCAGUGAAUUUCAAUAAAAUUAAAAAAUAUAUCAAUAAAAUGGGAAUUGAUAUAGAAUGUUCAACUUGCAAAAAAAGCAGAAGUAAUUCACUGAAAAUUAAUGAAGAGGAUUGUACAGUAAGUCCAGCUGCAUUGAUAUGUUUACAAUGUGGAUAUCAAGCUUGUGGAAAGGAGGAAUCUGGACAUGCUUUAGAACAUUAUAAAAAACCACAUAGUGACUGUCAUUUCAUAGCAGUAGACAUUCUUCAUUGGAAUGUUUGGUGUUUUCAAUGUGAAACAAAACUCCAUGUAGGUUGUCGGAAGAAGCUCCAGGAAACAGUGGAAUUUAUAAAACGGUCUGCUACCGUAAUACGAAAUUCAUCACCAAGUAAUAUGAUAUUAUAUCAGUGCCAAAAAGAGGCUGUAGAUACAGAUGUACAAAAAGAAAAAGUUAUAUCUAAUCUUCCUAAAGUUGGGGGUUUAAUGAAUUUGGGAAACACUUGUUUUUUCAAUGCAGUUCUACAAUGUUUAGCGCAGACACCUUUCCUAGUGAAAGUUCUCAAUGAUCUACGUCUUCCUGGACAGAAGUUCAUUCUACCAGGAGGGAAGCACAAGCUUGCAAAUAGCUCGGAAGAAGUCGAACUUCCACCUAUAGAAGGUACUUUAGAAGGUUGGGGCAAUUUCACUUCAGUUUUAUAUGAGACACUUGUGGAAAUGCAAAACUCUGAUGGACGACAAUCUUACCGUCCAUCAGAGUUAUUAAACUCUUUUAAGAAAAAGACAAUACAGUGUAUGGAUGGGGGACAACAUGAUUCACACGAACUUCUUAGACACCUUUUAGAACUAGUUCGAAAUGAGGAUCUCAGGAGGUAUCAGAGCAUAAUUCUAAAAGAAGUUGGUUUAACUGAAAAAACAAAUCCCGAAGGAGUAGAAAAAACCCUCAAAUCUCGUGUAAAAUUCUAUGGAAAUCAGGCUAGUGCAAGAUUACUUGGACCGGAACUCGUUUUUCGUGGAGUUUUGGUUUCUACAUUGGAAUGUCUUGACUGUCACCAUACUUCUCAGAGUACAGAACCAUUCCUAGAUCUGAGCUUGUCAGUAAUGAUUGACAAACCACAACCACCAGUUUUAAAAAGGAAGAACAGUGGUUAUGACGAUCCUUUCGAUACGAUGGAGAAAUAUGUCUCAUCUACACCUUCAAAAUACCAAUUAAAAAAAGAAAAGAAAGCUGCUAGAAAAAAUCGAAAAAAUAAAAAACAAGAAAUACAUGGUCACAUAGAAUCUGCAUCUAAUAGGAGCAACAUUAUCGAAGAACACAAUGGCAAUAUACUUGAAUCAGAAGAAAGUGAUGCAGAUAUUGAAGAUAACGUAGAAGCUGAAGUUCUCCUUCCAGAAAUUGGAGAAUCUGGUUAUAGUUCAGAAAAACAAUCAACUUUGACAAGUCCUGCUUCUCCUUCAAUUGAUCCAGUAAAAGUAGAUGACACAAUGAAUGAAAUAACAUUAAAUAAUUGUGUACAAUUCAGUAGAGUAGACAAUUUGUCUCCAAUACUACUUCAAGAUGUUCUCAAUACCAAAUCUUUGCACAGUCCAAAUCUAAUAGACGCAUCUAUAACAAAUGUAUCAAAAACAAAAGAUCUAGAUAGACUAGAUAGUUCGGAAAGCCCUAAAAAUAAAGUGGAACUCCAAACUGAGUUUCCUGUUACUACUUCUUCAGUUGUGAGUUCAGAUGUAACUAGUCUAGGAGAACCAACUGUCAGCUACAGUGCUCUUACAUUGAUAGAAUGUCCUGGUAGUACUGUUCCUGCUCUUAAAGCUAUUGACAAUUUAGAACAAAUUGAAAGACCGAUAUCAACGCUUAAUUUAAUUGAAUCUAUUACUAAUAAUGAACAGGAAGAAGCUACCUGGAAUCAGAGGAAAGGAAGAAGAAAAACAAUCGAACAUUCAAACGAGAUUUAUAAUGGAAUUAAUGGUAUUUCUUUGGGGAUUUCGAAAAUGGGACUUGGAAAUUCUCAAUUAUCGCACACUAGAUAUGCAACUAAGGAAGGAGAAUGCUCAAUACAAUCCUGCUUAAACCAAUUCACGGCUUUGGAGCUAAUGAGUGGUAGCAAUAAAGUUAGUUGUGAAGCUUGUACUGCCCGAGAAAUAAAGGUGAGAGAGAACUAUAAGAUGAUAUGCACACCAAGCACGAAGCAGUAUCUUAUUUCUAGUGUACCUGCAGUUUUGAUACUUCACUUGAAACGUUUUCAAGCCCAACGAGUUGAUUUUCGGAAAGUAACGAGGCAUGUGUCGUUUCCGAUAGUCCUUGAUCUAGCACCUAUUUGCAAGAAUCCUAAAAACAGGCGAAUGUAUGCUUUGUACGGUGUUGUUGAACAUAGUGGAACUAUUCAUGGGGGACAUUAUGUUGCUUACGUUAAGAGCUUGUGGAACUGAAGAGAGCCCACAGGAUUGGAGAUUAACAAAUUGCUGCCAGUAAAGUAAAAUGUAGAUCACUUUGGAUUACAAGGUUCUGAAUGAUGACAUCUGUUUCGACUCUCGACGCUCGAUGGCCGAAUGAUUCCGAGAGUCGACGAACGACAUUCGGCUUUUGCUUAGCUCCAGGAAGUCUCAUUGCAAGAAAUUUAUUAAAGAAGAAAUGAGAAAUGAAUAAGAAGAUCAACUAUUUCUAACGCACAAUUUUAUGUAUUAGAAUACAGUUCAUACGUUCACAGAACGUAUGGCAGAAAGUCUUGUAACAAAUUUAAAUAAUGAGAAAAUGAGAAAAUGAACAGAGA